AUGGAAGUUACUGGUGAACAGUCGCGGACCGUCGACAAUGAUAUAAAUUUCAUUAUCUCGAAUAAAGGACAACCACUUUUAGUAAUGAAUCAAUAUGUAUAUAAAUGUAAUAAAAAAACUUCCAUUAAAAAAUAUUGGACAUGUAUAGUUAAGAAUUGCAACAUAUACGUUCAUACUGAUAUAAAUAACAAUUAUUUAUUUGGUGGUAAAAGUGAACAUGGUCAUUCACCAAAUCCAGAAUUUAUUGAAGUCAAAAAAACUCGUGAACAAAUAAAACAACGUGUAAUCAAUGAACAAACACCUAUUGGAAAAAUCUAUGACGAAGAGAUGUCAAAAACUGUUAUGAAUUCGGUGGCAAUAGCCAUAUUUCCAACAAUAAAUGAAAUUUAUCAUAGUGCCGCUAAAAAUCGACGUAAAGUGAUACCACCAAUACCAGAUUCAUUCACAUUUGAUAUUCCUGAAGAAUUCAAGUCAACUAUUGAAAACAAAAGAUUUUUAUUUUUUGAUGAAUGUCGUAUAAGACGUGAACGUUUGCUGCUUUUUGCAAGUGAUGUUCAGCUGGAUUUAUUAUUCAAUUCUUCAACAAUUUACAUGGAUGGCACUUAUAAAAAAGCUCCAGAUCAUUUUACUCAGAUAUAUAUAAUUCAUGUAGUUCAUUUCGAUAUCUGUGUGCCAUGCGUGUUUGGAUUGUUGUUGAACAAAAAAGCAUCAACAUAUAAAGUGAUUUUUAAUGAAUUAAAAAAUGCUGCUUUACAAAAAGGAAGUGUUUUUUCACCAAAAGUUAUCAUGACUGAUUUCGAGCCUGGUGCGAUUUCUGCAGUAAAAGAUGAGAUGAUUGAUGAUACAUUACGUGCUUUAUGUAGAAAGUUGAUGGCUUUGCCAUUAAUGCCACAUGAUAAAAUUGUAUAUGGGUUUGAUGAAAUACGUGAAGCAGCUGAUUAUUUACCCGGUAAACCAAUGAUUCAACUGUUGCAAUAUUUUGAUAACAAUUGGAUGUCAGAUAUCAAUCUUUGGAAUGUAUUUGGGUUGGAUAGUAGAACCAACAAUGUUUGUGAAGGAUAUCACAACCGAAUGAAUUCCCGUAUUUAUCGUCAUCAUCCAAAUAUUUGGGAUUUAAUCAAUUUUAUGAAAGCUGAAGAAAAACGUCUACAAAACAUUAAACUUCAAUGGUCUUCAGGUGCAUCAAAACCAAAAAACAAACGAACAACAGCAUUACAAAAUCGAAUAAACAUGUUAUAUGAUCGAUAUCGUGACUACCUCAUUACAGCAUCUGAUCUCCUCAAUGGUUUGUCUUUAUUUGUGGCAAAAAAAGUAUGA